AUGAGCAUCCCACUCACUGUUUACGAGACACUUGGACCCCCUGGUGAAAAAGGAGAACCAGGACCUAAAGGAGACCCGGGGCCUCUACGACUGAAAGGCGAAACCAACAACGACAUUUUCAUUGAGGGUCCUCCUGGUCCAAGGGGUCCACCUGGCCCACCUGGCCCAUCCGGUCCACCUGGUCCCGCUCAGUGCCCCAAGAACACAGGAACCAAGACCGUCAGAGAACGCACCCGCCAAACCAACAUAUUGAUGGAUUUAUUUACGUUCCUGACCAGCGAGGCCGUCAAUGAAACCAGAGCAGAAAACAUCAGCCGAUGGUCGAGUAACGAGUCUGAGUCUGUGUCAUUUGAUAAAGACUACAGCCACGACUCCUUGAAUGAUACCAACACAGAAAAUGUUACAGAGACAGCAAUAAAAUUAUCAGGCCCAAUUUCUGCAGACAAAAUCUAUGAUGCUUUCAAUGACAUCAAAACCACUAUUGAUACACUCAUGAAAAGUGAGUUGGUAUCACCUCGUCCCGACUACAGCGACAACACUUUGACUGAAACCAACGCAAACUAUGUCACAGAGGAAUCAGUUAACAUAUUAACAGUGUUACCAACACCACAUCCAGCUCAUGAUGGCAGAGAUGUCGUAAAUGUUACUGAGAUGGAAAAACUUCCAGACACAAAUUUGGAAACUGAGUCUGUGUCAUUUGAUAAAGACUACAGCCACGACUCCUUGAAUGAUACCAACACAGAAAAUGUGACAGAAGCGGCAAUAACAUUAUCAGGCCCAAUUUCUGCAGACAAAAUCUAUGAUGCUUUCAAUGGCAUCAAAACCACUAUUGAUACACUCAUGAAAAGUGGUAAGAAACUGUCAUAUUGUGUAUACUGUCACUGGUAUCAGUGUUGA